AUGCAGGCAGUGAUGGGCCUUGUUGACGAGAUCCUCUCCGCGAUCCAAUCUAACCCCGAGGACGACCCUAUCAUAGAAUGCUACAAUGACAACUACAAACUCGGCAUCUGUCUGAAGGAGGAUCCGGACGGUGCUCUCUCAUUUGCUGAUAAAAAUCUCCGUGUCUUCCCUUUCAAAGAUGUGAAGGACUGCUGGAGAAGGUUGUUUUGUGAUGCGAGUCUUGCAAAGGCUUGCCUUAUGAUACGGGGUCAAUAUAGUCAGCGCAACAAUGACGCUGAUUCGGAUCCAAAAAAACAAAACGAUGAGAGAAAUAUUGAAAAUGAGACUCAAAAGACGGAGGCUGGUGAAAAGCCAAGCCUGAACACUCCUUGGUUGUGUCCCGUUAUUCAUAUUCUUGACAAAGCGGUGAUAAUGACUGGCGCUCCACGACGUGGACAGCUGAUUGAGUCUUUAAUAUCGGCGCUGCAAGAUGCUAGUGGUCCUGAAAAAAUGGCGUUUGAGCCCUAUCCGUUGCCUAAUUUUGGCGUACGUGAAACAUCACAAUCAAAACGCAGAAAGUUGGCGCAGUUGCCAAUGUUUCCACCUGAUGUCGUUCCCGCGCCGCGCUUGGGCUACCCUGUUCCACGUGUUUCCGCUCUGUCGUUUGAGGAGUUUACAGAACACAUGUGGGAUCAACGUACACCGCUUGUCAUUACUGAUGCAGUGAGCCAUUGGCCAGCAUUAUCAAGCAGGCCUUGGUCGUCGAGAGAUUACUGGUCUCGGAGAACUUUUGGGGGACGGAGGCUAGUCCCCGUUGAGGUUGGUCGCUCAUACACGGAUGAGGGUUGGGGACAGCGCAUCAUUCCCUUUGGAGAGUUUGUAAAAAAUUAUAUCUGGAGAGAAGGUGAAAACGAUGAAGUCAGUUGUCGGGGAAAUGAGAAACAAUUAGACGAAGCCGCGGAACGUCAGACGGGGUAUCUCGCGCAGCAUGAUCUGCUGGCCCAAAUACCCGCGUUGAGGAACGACAUUUCCAUCCCAGACUAUUGCUUUGCUGAACCUCCAGGCCCCGAACCGGGUACUCCCGUAUAUGAGAAGAAAAUGCGAAAGAAAGGGUCCAUUGAUAAGAAAGCAACCAGGCUCAAUCAUGAAUCCGCCGUUCAGCCAGAGCACAAUAUGGAGGAACAUGGUGGACUAUGUGAUCCGAUAACUAAUAUAUGGGUUGGGCCAGCGUGGACAAUAUCUCCGCUCCACCACGACCCAUAUCACAAUAUCCUGGUGCAGGUCGUCGGCGCGAAAUAUAUACGGCUAUACUCCCCCUGCACUCCUGCGUCUCUUAUACAUCCUCGCGGUAUGGAAGUUGUGAAUUCGUCAUCGUGGGACUCAAACGAAGAAAGUCAGGCUCAGCAGAAAGAAUCCAAGAGUGGUCAUUCUGUUUCGUGUUCCGGGGAGCAAUCAAUUGACAUGUCCAACACUUCGAAGGUAGAUAUCGCGGCCAUUGAGCUCUCCCCCGCUGAGGCUGAGACCUGGGAUUCUCUCUGGCCCGGAUUCGCGGAAGCAAACUAUGUUGAGACGGUGUUGAGGGAAGGAGAAUGUCUUUACAUACCGGUUGGCUGGUGGCAUUAUGUGCGCGGCCUGCAGGCUGGAAUCAGUGUUAGUUUCUGGUGGGAUUGA